GCGAAUACAAGUAGGUGACAUUACCAUGGGCUUGGGUUUCUUCGACCCCCACCUUCCAGCGUUGAAAUUUGAUUUCUCGCGGGACGAAUGGGCCGCCCGCAAAGCAUGCUGGUCGACUGUACAGCUCAAUCAGGUGGUACAAGCGACAUCUAGCCUUGUCGCCAAGGUGGUCGAGGCUUCCUGUCCCUCGCCACUCGUAUUGGUCCAUCUCCAGCGCAUCAACCGACGUUUCUUAAGUUGUCCAUGCAUCGAAGAUUCGCGAGCUCUGGCCCGCCGGUUGCACGCCGAUCACCCUACGGCAUUGGAUGUUAUGCUUCGUGUUGUGGUCGAGGGUGACUUGCUGUCGCUUGUCGCUGUGCAGACCAUGUUUCAUUGGAGUUAUGGCCCCGACGGAUGUAAAACGAUGGUAGCAAUUGGCGUCGUGGAGACCCUCAUGUCCAUGCUGCCAAUGGUUUCCCCUUGUGUGAAGCACUGCGCACUCAAGCUUUUGAAUCGCUUGGCGGGCCAAACGCCUUCGGCAGUCGCUCGACUCCUCCGUCCUCGGCACCUGCGAUCUCUGCUCCAAGUGCUUCAACCCAACAACACAUCUGCGAACAUCGCUGCGGAAUUGCGUUUACUCGAGCUUAUACUGCGACAUCCAAAAGCCAACGUGUUGUUGAACCACAGGUCGGGUUACGUGUAUUAAUUACUACUACCAACCUCUAUCCGCACACUUCCCAUCAACAUUGUAGUUUUGAGCUGGUGAAACUCUCGCUUGAGGUCGUCAUGCAAGGGCGCCAACUGCAUGAUGCCGAGUCGGAUAUCGCAACGAUUGGCCGGAU